UCAAAAAAUUUCGCCCUGAUUACAACGGGAAAUCUUAGCACCGGGACGUUACUACAACGUGUGAUAAAAGACGAGCGCAGGAUGAGAAUCCCGAGGAGCGCUCUGUGCCUGGUGAUCCUGGCGAGUGGCUUAUCGUCGGUGGUGUGCGACAACAGCAAGCAGUUGUUGCCGGAGUUCUUGUUCUCCCUGUCGGGCCACAGUUUGGACUGGCCAUGUCAAAGCACGAAGAACAUCUACGAGACGAGCGGACGUUACAUCGCCAGGAAUGUCAUUUCCACGAGGGCGCAAGUUUACCGGGACGACAUAAUUUUAGCGAUGCCGCGCUACAAACCGGGCGUGCCGUUCACCCUGGGUGUCAUGUCGUUGAAAACGAAGGAUUGCACGCCGAAGGUGACACCGUUCCCCUGCUGGGCGAUCCAGGAAGAGGGCAACUGCCAGGCCCUGCAGAACGUAGUGGACAUAGCUCUGGACAUUCAGGAGAUCCUGUGGGUAUUGGACGUUGGUAUCGUAAACACUUUGGAGCAACCGGUGCGCAGGUGCCCCCCGAAAAUCGUCGGAAUUGACGUGAAAUCUGGAAAGGUCGUGAAGGUGAUCGAUUUGAGUAACUUAGUAACUCCGAUGUCUCGUCUGCAAUAUCUGGCGGUCGACUACGCAGACGACGGCCAGGUAUACGUGUACGUAACCGACGCUGCUGCCAGAUCCAUCAUCGUUUACAACGUCACCGGGGAAAAGGGAUAUCGAGUGAUCCUCCCGAACGCUGUUACCACUGGUGUCCAACGAAGGGAUGUUCUCUACGUGACGCUGGUGAAGAAGAGUUGCGGUACACCAGUGUUAUAUUUCACCUACCUGGGAUCUAACAGACUCUUCGCGAUCAAGGCAGAGAAUCUGAGACAUGGUCUCACUCAAGGAUCGGUCGUGGAUAUCGGGCCGAAGCACAAUAAGAUCGUUCUUCUCGGAAGCGAUAAUGGCUGCGCCAUUUUCUUCAGAAAUAAGG